AUGUCUGCCACGGAGGAUCCCGAAGCUUGGGAUGAGGCUCACCUUGUUGAAGCCCUAGCGGCGCUUGAGCAGCUCCAGGACCAGAUGGACGAGCUCCGGUCCAUCGUUCCGAACCUCACUGCGCCAUUUCUCGUUCCGCAAGACUCCCCUGAAGCACUCAGCCGAGACUUCAAACAAGCCGCCAUUGCUGAGGCUAAACGCCUGCAGGCCUUCGAGCGCAGAUGGAAAAGCGAGGAGGUUCAGGACAUCUUGGCGCAUGCUGCACGGAGCGGGAAGGCUGAUUCCGACCUGACCAAGGGUGCGGCUGUCCCGCGCUACGGCUGGGUUGACAUGGCCGAGAAGCAGCAGAAGCCUGCGAAGUCCAAGGAGAAGAAGUCGCGUGGGAAGGGCAUCGAUGCCGAAGACAAGACUGGCGCCUCGUCAAUCGUGCCGACCGUCACCGCGUUUAAAGAGGCCCACCCAAAUUUCCAGGUCGACGAUGGCGAAGGCCGCAUCAUUACGAUCUCCUUCAGAGUUCCGUCGCUAGUGCUGACCUUCAAGAUCACUUGCCACGUCGACUCUGACGACAAGGCGUCUUUCAUAGUCGAGUGCCCUGGAAAUGGCCCCCUCUUCUCCGCAAUCACCCGCUGCAUAGCGUCCAGACAGCGCCCCAACCAUCUCUCGUAUCUCUUGGACAUGAUCGCCGCAUAUACCAACUUGAGAGUGGCCAGGUGCUCCAAGUGUGGGAAGCUCUUGGAUAACACGGCAUUAAGCCCGGCCGCAAGGAGGAGUAAACAAACUGCAAAUGCCGACGGAACUAAAAAGACUACCUGGGAACCCUUCCACGAAGGAUGUUUAUGA